ACCGCGGCGGCGCGUGGGGCCCGCGCGACCCGAGCGUUGGCGCCGGACGCGAUGGCGGAGCUCCCGGACUUUCUCUCGGCCCGGGACGUGGGAUCAUUUGCAUAUCUUACAAUUAAAGACAGAAUACCACAGAUCUUAACCAAGGCUAUUGAUACAUUGCACCGACAUAAAAAUGAAUUUUUUGAGGAACAUGGAGAGGUUGGCAUGGAAGCGGAAAAGAAAGCCAUUUCUCUUCUUUCUAAGUUACGGAAUGAACUGCAGACAGAUAAGCCCAUCAUCCCCUUGGUUUACAGUUGGGCCGAUACUGACAUGUGGAAUCAGUACCUGAAGUAUCAGGAAAGCCUUCUGAGUGGAAGUGAUGGGAAACCAAGUUGGUUUCAGUCACCAUGGUUGUAUGUAGAAUGCUACAUGUAUCGCAGAAUUCAUGAAGCCAUUAUCCAGAGCCCACCGAUUGAUGACUUUGAUGUGUUUAGAGAAUCCAAAGACCAAAACUUCUUCGAGUCCCAGGAGUCUGCCAUCACUUUAUGUACUCACUUGCAACAGCUGACAAGCUCUAUGGAAGACCUGGAUAAAAAUCAGCUGAAAAAUGAAUUUUUUAAACUUCUACAGAUUUCACUCUGGGGAAAUAAGUGUGACUUGUCUCUAUCUGGGGGAGAAAGCAGUUCUCAGAAGACCGACAUACUGGCUUCUUUGGAAGACUUGAAAGCUUUCAUCUUAGUAAAUGAUUUGGAGCAUCUCUGGUCAUUGCUUAGUAAAUUCAGAGAAAGAAGAGCAGAAACACCCGUAGUUAGAGUAGAUUUUGUUCUAGAUAAUUCUGGGUUUGAACUUAUUACAGACUUGGUAUUAGCCGACUUCUUGUUGUCCUCUGAAUUGGCUACUGAGAUCCAUUUUCAUGGAAAAAUGAUUCCAUGGUUUGUUUCCGAUACGACUCUACGUGACUUUACCUGGGUGUUGGAACAAGUGAAACGCAGUAAUCACAAGCACAUGGCCAAGUGUGGGGUUGACUGGGAAAAGCAUGUGCAAGUGGGAAGAUGGGUUUACCAGGAUCACGUGUUUUGGACUCUGCCUCAUGCCUACUGUGCCAUGUCCCAGGUCGCCCCUGACUUACAUGCCGAACUCCAGAAGGCACGCUUGAUUCUAUUCAAGGGCGACUUGAAUUAUAGGAAGCUGGCAGGUGACAGGAAAUGGGAGUUUACUGUUCCAUUCCACGAGGCUCUGAACGGCUUCCAUCCCGCACCUCUGUGCAGCAUAAGAACGCUCAAGGCGGAGGUUCAGGUGGGUCUGCCGCCUGGGCUCGCGGAGCAGCUGACGGCUUCCGACCCCGGCUGGCUGACCACUGGCAAGUACGGCAUAUUCCAGUUUGAUGGGCCAGUUUGACUCCGAGCAGGAGCACCAGCUGUGUAGAAAGGUCUUUGCUACCGGGCCGGACAGCAGCCCUUGAUUACUGGCUGCCCACGGGUGACCACGGCCUCACUGCACCGCUGUGGGAAUGGAGGAUUUUAAGAUACCGGCUGGUAUUUCCAUUUAAUGCUGGACUAUCAGACAGUAUCACAAGGUAAACCCACAGUUUCCAAUGGCUUUAAAAAAAACUUUGAUUUGGGCAAAAAGCAAAAUAUAAGCAAAUUAUCUUUUAUAAGUUAACUUUGCUUGAUUUCAUUUUCUUAGCAUACGGCAUGUAUUUAAUAUUCUAGGGACUAUGGAAUUUAAUUUAACCUAAUGUUCAGUUCCUAGAACAACAACUACUCAGUGAAAACAGACAUUUUAGUGGCUCUUUCUAAAAAGAGGCUUUUUUUUUACAACUGUGAUGCUUGAACAUGUAUGAGUGAAACUUACCUCAUAAGUGAAUUACAACUCCUGUUAUCCUUGAACCACUCAUUUCAGUAGCCUGCUUUAUUGCAUGUGUUUGUAUGUUGAUUGGCCUGAAAAAUGGAUGCAAGGAAGCACAAAAUUGAACAGUGAAACAAGUAGCAUUUGAAGAAGCACAUCCUAUGUAUGGUAGCUGUUAUCACCUGAGGUGAUUUUUGCCACUAAGCAUUUUAAAUGAACAAACUUU